CUUACUGCCCGGCCAUCCCUAACCAAACCCUCUUUAGACUGGCGUCUGCUUCGGCUCCGUUUUUGCUUUCUCGUUCUCUCUCGUCUCUUCCAUUGGUCUCCCUUCUUUCGUCCCUCUUUCUGCACAGAUCGGAAACCCUAGCCCUGAUCCUCCGCCCUCCUCCUUCGCCGUACCUGCCAUGCUUCCCUCAUCUAUCAUCGCCGGCCAGAUCCAGCUCCUGCUGCACAGCGUCAACGAUUUCAACUUUGACUCCACCCGCCGCGAACUCUGCCAGUUCGCGGAGUAUGGAAGUGAAGGCAGCACCAUGUUGCUUCAGAUGUGUCUGGAUCAAAUUUUAGUUAAAGAUGGAGAUACCCUUCCGCAGAAAAAGGAAUUACUGUCUGCUGUUGUGAGAUAUUUGCUGGACAAAACACAUUUCAGCACAAACCUUUCUGAAGCUUUGAAUGACAUUCCAAUAAAUGAAAGUUUCCUUGGAGAUAUUUCAAACACAUUGGGUAUGUCCGUAGCUGAGAAAAUUGGGGUUGGGAUUGCUUUAUUGGACUCCGAUAAUCCUGAUUUAAAGAUGAAAGGGCAAAAUUUUUGCAUUGCUCAAAUUGAGGAAUUGUGUGCAAAUCCUUCCUCUACUUUGCACACUGAGCAAAUUCAUGAUAUUGUUAUGUUUCUCUACCGAACUGAAGGCCUUUCAAAGCACAUGGAUUCUUUUACUAAAAUCCUCUCUCUUCUUCAACUGAAAGGGAACACCUUUUUCUUAUCAGCCCCACUGCUGACCAAUGAGAGCAAUGCCAUCAAUAAAUUCAGGCAUUUGGAUUUAGUCUCUGGCUGUUCUGACAAUGAUUUUGAUGUUGCAUUAGCUGAAAUUGAAAAGGAGAUUAGCAUGGCGGACAUAGUAGCAGAAUUGGGCUAUGGAUGCACAGUUGACAUUUCCCAUUGUAAAGAGAUACUAUCUCAGUUCCUACCACUCAAUGAAGAGACACUUUCUAAGUUAAUAGGGAUAAUUGUUCGCGAUCAUUCCAAUCUUGAAGAUACUUUAAACGUUCAAACAACUUUCUGUUCAGCUCUCGGUAGCGGCUUAACUAAUGAUUUUUCACUGUUGAACACAUGGAAUGUUAAUGUUCUUGUCGACACAAUUGAGGAACUUGCUCCAAAGACAAAUUGGUCACUUGUCAUGGAAAAACUUGAUCAUGAGGGCUUUGUGAUUCCUGAUGAAACUGCUUUUUCUCUUCUAAUGUCCGUUUACAAAUGUGCAUGCGAGGAUCCUUUCCCUCUCGAUGCUAUUUGUGGCUCUGUUUGGAAGAAUGCUGAAGGCCAGCUUUCUUUCUUGAGAUAUGCUGUGUCUGCCCCUCCUGAAAUUUUCUCAUUUGAGCAUUGCUCAAGGCAGCUGAUAUUCUUUCAGACAAAUGCUGAUCCAGGGUAUCUCAAGAAAGGAAAUCAGGCAUGGUUUUGUUUAGAUCUGUUGGAGAUUUUAUGCCAGCUUGCUGAAAGUGGCCAUGCUAGUCUUGUCAGGCUUAUACUAGAUGACCCACUUAGUCAUUAUCCAGAGGUUUUACUCAUUGGAGUUGCUCACAUCAAUACGACGUACAAUCUCAUCCAGCAUGAAGUAUCUUCUACCUUAUUUCAUGUGAUUCUAAAAGAUCCCUCAAGAAGCAGCACAUUUACUCAGCUAUGGCAUAUAAAUCCCAACCUAGUUCUUCGAGGAUUUAUAGAAAGCCUGACUGAUCCCAAGAAUUUAUUUAGGGUUGUUGAUAUAUGUGAGGAAUUGAAGAAUGACAUGUUGAGAAUGCAACUUACUGGUAGUCUUAUUUUCAUGCUGCUACUUGCCUGUUAUGUUUAA